AUUCCAUACGUAUAAAAAAAUAUAAAAAAGAAAAUUAAAAAAAAAUGAAUAUAGAACACCAUUGAAGGGAAGAGAGUCUCUUUUAAGCUGUCUUAUUGUCAUUCGAUUCUUGUUGCUAAUGAUGAUGGGACUGGUGGUUUGAGAGAAUUACUGCAACAAAUUCUAUUACUUCUUCUCUUUGGAUUUCACUUCAGAAAAUUUCCAAAAAUUGCCUCUAGCCCUACUUCUUGCAGUUGCAGAGCCGGGAAAGUUUCUUUCAUGGUGCUUUGAUUUGAAAAAAGGUACAAAGACGUCUUGCACAAAAUCGUGAGGCUGCUCGUAAAAGCCGUUUGCGGAAGAAGGCUUAUGUUCAGCAGUUAGAAUCAAGUCGUGUGAUGCUCAUUCAGUUGGAGCAGGAGGUUGACAGAGCUAGACAACAGGGCCUGUAUAUGGGUGGUGGAGCAGAUGCUAGUCAGCUAGGUUUUGGAGGACCUACAAACUCAGGGAUUGCAACUUUUGAGAUGGAGUAUGGGCACUGGUUGGAGGAGCAAAACAGACAUAUUUGUGAUAUGAGGACUGCUUUAAACGCUCAUAUAAGUGAUGUAGAGCUCCACAUGCUUGUAGAGAGUGACAUGAGCCUCUAUUCCAAACUUUUUCGCCUGAAAGCAACUGCAACAAAAGCUGAUGUUUUCUAUGUGAUGUCUGGCUUGUGGAAAUCAUCGGCAGAAAGGUUUUUCUUGUGGGUUGGAGGGUUUCGCCCUUCACAGCUUCUUGAGAUUCUCGUGCCUUGCAUGGAUCCCUUGACAGAACAGCAACUUGUGCAUGUUUAUAAUCUUCAACAAUCAUGCCAGCAAGCUGAAGAUGCUUUUUCACAAGGUUUGGAAAAAGUCCAGCAAAGUGUAGCAGAGACUGUGGCAGCUGGUCAGUUGGGUGAAGCAAGUUACUCGCCUCAUAUGGAAACUGCAAUGGAGAAGUUUGAAUUACUGGCCCGCUUUGUGCAGCAGGCAGACCAUCUACGCCAGGAAACUUUGCAGCAGAUGUCUCGGAUCUUAACAACACGUCAGGCAGCUCGAGGGCUGCUUGCCUUGGGUGAAUACUUCCAACGGCUUCGGGCUCUGAGUUCACUUUGGGCUACUCGCCCACGUGAGCCUGCCUAGCUUCAUAUUAGGACCCUAUAGCUGGUCGAGAUCUCAAGGAGAUAAUCAUCACUGGAGCCAUACUCAGAAAGAAAAAGGGCGUCUUAGGGUAAUGAUGUAAUCUUAUAUGUAGACAAUACAAGCUGCUGACAUUUUUCAAGCAGCCUCCUACAACUGGAAAGUUGUAGAUAUAAAUAGCCAUUCUAUCAAGAGGAAGCUUGUGGUUAAAUCAAUUUUCAGUGCUGCUACUGUCUUGCCAUCAAAUGAUAUAUCACGUUGAGUCUGCAGGUGAAACUUUGUCAUGUAAAUUGUAGUCUACUUGUGUUUGUAUUUUUGUUCUGCCUUGUACAUAAAUCGUGAGAAUUGCAAAUUAUUUGUUGCCUCCCAUCUCCCUUUCUUAUACUGAAAUGGUCAAUGUAGGCUAGGAAAACCCUACCUGACAAUGAACUCGAGGUCAAUAAUGAAUGGCAUGGAUGUUUUGCUGCC